AUGUUUGGGGUGUAUAGACACCGCGACACGCAGCUCAUCCCCCCCUAUCUAUACAUGCAGAUACCGGAGACAGCACAAAAUAGAACAGUAUUGGUGCCGGUGCAGUUGCUGCCUGCUGCUGCUGCUGCUGCUGCUGCUGCUGCUGCUGAGCCUGACGCAGCAGCAGCAGCAGCAGCAGCAGCAGCAGCAGGGGGAGACGCAGGGAGAAGGAGAGAGACAAUAGCUUUGCCCUGGUAUGUCUUUGAUCCCGCAUGCAUGCAAAAAGCAGCAGAAAGAGAAAAAGAAAAAGAAAAUAAAGAAAGGAGACAAACAACAACCAUCCCCCCACAUAUGUUUAGUGUUGCAGCAGAAGAAAAAAGACAACAAAGACAGCAGCAGCAGCAGCAGCAGCAGCAGCAGCAGCAGCAGCAGCGCCGCCCCACCACUGUUCUCCCCCCCUAUGUAUUUGACGAAGAGGCAGCAAACAAGCAGCAAGCAAGAGCAGCAGCAGCAGCAGCAGCAGCAGCAGCAGCAGCAGCAGCAGCAGAACAAAGGAGACAAUCAUAUGCAUCCUUACCUUCUUAUAUAUUUAGAGAUACAACAAACGGAGACACAGAAGCGCAUGCAGCCCCAAACGCAUGCAUGCAGCAGCGGCGUCAAUCUUCUCUCCCUUUCUUUGCUCGUCUAUUCAAUAGUAUACAGAGCCUCGCAGAGGACCCCCAGCAGCAGCAGCAGCAGCAGCAGCAGCAGCAGCAGCAGCAGCAGCAGCAGCAGGAAGAAGAGGGCCCCUCUGUAGACGAUGCGCAGCACAACCAUAGAAAUAUACACCCCCUGCAGCUGCCUGAUUCUGAUGCAGAUGAAGAUAUCUUUGGGGGGCCCCCAAGCGAGGGUACUGGGGCCCCCGGGGGGCCCCCGGGGGCCCCUGGGGGGCCCCCCUCAAGAGCCAGCAGCAACGAACUCCCUACAUCUCCUAUAAACAACACAAAAGACAGUAAAACAAAACACACACUCUAA